AACUGCUCGCUGUCUUCAGGCUAAACAUGUCUCGUGCUCAGGCAGAAAGCGUGAUAAAGAACAUCAUUAGGGAGAUAGCCCAAGAAUGUGCUGGAAAAGGGCAUGCUGUAUCGGAAACAUUGGUGGCAUUUAUGGUGAAAGCUGUUGUGUUGGACCCAAGAAAUCUAUUCAACGUUGAUCGAACUCUCACCAAGCAAGAUGUUAGAAAACUUGUGGAGUUGUGUGUGGACAAACUCAUGGACCAGGGAAGCCCUGCCCUUGACACUAUCAAGAUGCAGGUGUAUUUUGACAUGAAUUACACAUCUAGAAGUGAGUUCAUUAACGAGCAUCACCGGGUACUUCAGUCCAAGUUGAUCCCAGUUAGUCGAGAGAUCACCGACAGCAGAGUGAAAACACGGGAGGACCUUGAGGGCCUUUACCGUAAGAUCGUCAGCUAUGUUCUGCUGCGUUCAGGCCUGGGUUCCCCUACGGACAUCAACACGGUCAGAGAGGCCACAGCUGCCUUGCAGAGCGUCUUUCCGCAGUCAGAGCUGGGAACCUUCUUAUCCCUGAUCAAGAAAGACAAGGAGCAGCAGCUUAAUGAGCUCAGCAUGAUCGUGACUGGCAUCCGCCUCUUUAACAAAGACAGCAAGAAGGGAGGAGAGGGCAUUGAAGACUUGCCUGCAAUUCUGAACAUAUCCAUACCUGCUGCUGGUAAAGACAUAGAAUGGGAACAGGAGCUUUCCCAGAACUUGGCUUGGCAAUACACUGCCAUCCUAGAGAGACUGCUGGACUCAGAUGUGGAGGCCAGAGACUGCGUGGUGCCCCUGGAACAUCUCAAGCAGGCUCUCUAUAAUGUUCGACAACAUGAAUCUUUCCUGAAAAUUAUUUUGGCAGAUGUAAUUCUAUGUGCAAAGAAAGUUGAGGCCUUGCAAAACGACCUGGCAACAUGCUUGAAGCUGUUGAGGGAAGCUGUGCAUUCAAAAACUGCUGUACCCACUGCACACGUUUUUCCUCAUUUCACAGCUCUGGCACAGUACUGGUCAGGACUCCAGGAUGAGAUGGUCCUGUUAAGCAUCCUGGGAAACCUUCUGAUCAACCUUCAGCCCUUCCUCACCGCUCAGUCUCGGAUGUUCUCUGAUGUUCAGUUGGAAAGCUUAUUAGAGGGGUCGGAGGUCAAGAAUGAUGAGCAGAGAAUGAAAGAGUCCUCAGAAAACCGCGUUGACCCCAGUGCAAAUAAGAGAUAUGAAUGGAUCUUCCCUGAGACAACCGCAAACUUUGACGAAUUGCAAAUACAGUACAAGGGAAUCUGUGGUUAUACGCUUGUAGAGAAGAACGGGAUUUUACUGCCAGGAAACCCAAGCAUAGGAGUUCUGAAACACAGAGAGAAAUACUAUGUGUUCAGCUCAAAAGACGCAGCCUUGUGUUUUGCAUCAAAGGCAGAUGAAUACAUUGUCCAAGUAGCAGAGAGAGCCAAAUGUUCACCUGAGUUGAUUCAACUCCUCGAACUCCAUCAGCAAUUCUCUUCUGUCUCUCCCUAUUCCAAGAUGCAGUCAGGGGAAAGACUACUUGUGAAACCCAUCACAAAAUGUGACAGCUGUACACAGACUGACACUCAUCUGUUGGAGACGAACAUUGUCGAAUCUUAUGAGUGGAAUGAGUGGGAACUCAGAAGAAAAGCCAUCAAAUUGGCCAAUCUUCGGAGUAGAGUUACCCAUUCCAUGCAGACUAAUCUGAGCCACAUGAGGAGGGACAACGUCACCCAAACAUAUCUGCUAAAAGAUGUAGCAUGCCAGAGCAGGAAAGAUGGCGCGAGUAACAUACCUAAGCCUCAGGUGUACCUUGCUGGUCUUCGAGGAGAAAAAACCAAGACCACACACAUGAUAAAGACCAACUUAACCAGAUCUAUCAAUGAAUAGAUUAAUCGUUUUUUUGUCUGUCUUAACGUAAUAAAGACACAUUUUUACCGA